CGACACCAGGGUCUCUCUCCGCAGACUUCUUAGUUUGUUCGUGGUCUAUUCCAGUCUACUCCAAGCGAAACAUAUUUACCGGGUUUGAAUUACCUGACGUUUAAAAUAUUUACAACAGUGGUCGGCUUCUCCUCCUGUCUUCUCUCAUCCAGCACCACACACCAAAAUGCUUGUAUACAACAAACAAGUUAGGCUUAAAGAGUAUCAUAAGUGAAAUGAUUGAAAAGAGUCACAUAAACGUGACCUAAACAUAUUGAGAGCGCAGGUGGUGAAAUCCAGCAUUUAUAAAAUAACUAAGUAAAUAAAUGUAGCAUUGCGGGAAUAAUUUGGGAAGGUAGACAGGCAACCUGUCUAAAGGAUGUCACUAGGGAUUUGGAGAAGAAAAGACAGAAAAAUACGUACAAUAAGAAAAUAAGGGAAAACCCGACUACACCCACCCUGGUGAAUAUACCAGGGGCUUACCCAAAGGAAACACAGGUUCGAGUUCUCGAAGAGGGACCAUGAGAGGUGGAUAUCGUUACCAAAUAUGGCGGUAUUAGAGCAACAAUAAAUAGUUAAGAUAAAUUUUAAGAUAAAAUGCAGAACUUCAUGUCAAUUGCACUCAAGGACAAUUAGAAUGCUCAGAAUUUGCUACUGCCAAAGCAGACACCAACCAAAAAGACACUAAAGAAAUCACAGGACUCAGGUUCACCAGCAGCAGAGUGGGCUUGGGUUAUCCCCCGAAAUAAUGCAUCACCCACACGCACCUGCUUUCAGAAAUCACGACAACGUUUUGCACACAGCAAAGUAGAAACCUUAUAAAGAGAACCACCACCACCACAAAAGACCGCUAGCCUACCUACUCUGGACCUGCAGCACCGGGAAUCAAACAAAACACAAUGUAAUCACACAAUGAAACGGAUACACAAAGUAAUCAACUCCACAAUAAAUAAGUAGACAGCAAACCACUCAAACCUGGGGCUCACUAAACUCCAACGACAGUUAGAGACACAACACGAACAAACCUGGCCCGCUCUGACAGCACGACGUUUACAGGAAAACGGACCCGUGCCCUCAACUAACUUCCAGGUUUGAGAUGGUACACAGCAAAGCAAAACAAUACAGCACAGAAAAAAAUAAAAAUCACCUAAACAAUUCAGUAUAACAGAAAAACAAGUGAAAGCAACAAAACUGCAAAAGAGUAAAAACACAAAAGAUAAGAGCAAAAGCAGCAGCGCUGAAAGCUCAAGCCGUGCAGAACCAGCAGAGAAGGAUGCACCCAGACAUGCGCAUUAGCUCAACAAAACAUAUGGAGACCGCUUCAUUCAUCAGGCAGCCAAAGUUCACAACUCACCGGGAAGCGACUGAAGCCAUGCAGACUGUACUCGAGAACAAAGUCUUCCUUAUCGGCACCCUGUCUGCUGACCCCGACUUCAUCUUGCAGUAUGUCCAACAGGAUAAAAUCAUCACCAAGCGUGACUACGACAAACUUAACCAUGGAUACCAUCCACGUGAGAAAAUUGUCACGGACCUUCUGGACACUGUGAUGAACAAGGGUGAUGCGACGUGUUGCAAAUUUGUGGAUCUCUUGCAGCGAGAAGAGGUUCAGGACAGUUUCCCUGACCUGAAGCAACGUUUCACCCCCCCACCUACAUCACACAACCAGGAUAAUCCAGUGAAUGCAGCCAGUGAGAUCACUGAAUAUAAAAUGUCCAGCAAACCUCGUGGUUUCUGUGUGAUCAUUAACAAUGUGAAUUUUGCUUCACCCCUCAAAGACCGCUAUGGAUCUAAUGUGGAUGAAGAUUCUCUUAAAGCGGUGUUCCAGUGGCUGGGUUUCAAUGUGUGUGUGCACAAAAACCAAACUGCAGAACAGAUGAAGGACCUGUUGAAGAAUUACAGCCAGCAACACCAUGAUGGUGAUUGUUUUGUCUGCUGCAUCAUGAGCCACGGCAGCAGAGAUGGAGUACACGGCACAGAUGGAGCUAUAGUCUCCAGAGAUGACAUCUUUGGCCCGUUCAGUGGAAAUUCAUGCCCGAGUCUAAUCAAUAAACCCAAAGUGUUUAUCAUCCAGGCUUGCCGUGGGAAAGAGUACCAUCUUUCUGUUGAAGUCCAGCCUGAUAGUUAUGAGGAAGAGGAAGAGGACGCGGAAGCGGAAACGGAAGAUGAAACAUUAGAUAUGGAUGCUGUUCAGAUGAUGACCAUACCAGCUGAUGCAGAUUUCCUCAUUGCGAGGUCGACCGUUAAAGGAUACUUUUCAUUCAGGCACAGCAUUUCGGGCUCUUGGUUCAUCCAGUCCUUGUGUGAGCAACUAAAAACGUACUGCCCAAAGGGUGAGGAUAUUCAAACUAUCUUGCUGUGUGUCAAUAAGGAGGUCAGUGAAAAAGCUACUACAGUCCGAAUCAAAGGCAUCGCUAAACAGAUGCCCAUCCAUAAAGUGACCCUGAGGAAGAAGCUGGUUUUCUAUCUGCCACAGUAGAACAUGUUUAUAAUGAGCAGUUCCUAAUGAGUAUUCCAUAGGUUUCCACUUGUUUUCAAAAAAAUGUACAAGCUCCGUUUUAGCAAAUUCUUUAGUUAUGUUGUAUUGAUGUGAGUUAAGAGUAAAUUUAAAGAUGAUGUCACAAUUUGAAAAAAAAAAAAAAAAGCUACUGUUAAUUCUGUACCGUGAAUCAUAAUUAUGUACAACAUAGGAAAGCAACAUCAGGAAUUUUUAAAUGAAAGAAUUUACAUUUGUCAUAUCUUUAUAUAAAUUUUUUUUUUACUUGUUUUUUGAUUUGUACCUGAAUAAAAGACCUCAAAAGGGACAUUGAUUUAUACAUUUU